CAGAGAAGCUGAAAGAAUUGAGAAGUGUCCUUGGAACUGAUUCCAAAGAAAGUGGCAGAGUAUGAGAAGGUCUCUCUAAAUACAGAGGCACCGGCAGCUCAGAUAGCAACUUUGGAAAUGAAGUCAUACUCAUCUCUUUUAAUGUCUUUCUGCUUUCAUCUGAUACUCACCCUUCUUUAUCAAAGUCACAGUAAGCUUGCCUGCAAUGUGAGCCCCUCACUCACGAUAUCGGCUACUUUGGGGGACAAUGCAGAGCUGCCCUGUUUUUUUACAAUUCCCCCUGGUAAAGUCCACAGCUUCAGGAUAAAAUGGGUAAAAUAUACACCAGGAAUGACCCCGCCCAAAGACAUCCUGUUAUGGCCAACGUCUACUUCAUUACCUAAUUACAAAUGGGACAUUGACAGCUUGAAGCUUGGAAAUCUAUCUCUCACACUGAAGAAUGUCAAUAUGACCGACGCUGGGCUGUAUGGAUGCCUUGCCUGGGAUGGCUGGGAAUGCGUGAUGACCAGAAAUGUCACCUUAAAAGUCAAAGAUUGUGUGACCUUAGGAUCCGUCCUGGCACCGACCAAUGGCACUGCUAUUCUACCUUGCACUUUCCCAAAUACUUCAGAAUACACCCAGAGAGUAAACCUCACCUGGAAGCUGGUCCUAGCAGAGAAGCAUCCUUCUCUCUUACAAUACCCUCCAUCCAGUGAACAAUCCAAUCGAGGACGACUGAGAUUCAAAAUGGAUCCCAGGUCAGGAGACGCAUCACUGAUAAUAUCAAACUUAACGCACGGUGACAGAAACUGGUACCGCUGUCAGCUGGUUUUGGGCCGAAGCUCCCAGUGCUACGAAAUGAGGCUUGAAGUGAAAGAUUUUGUAUCAGAAGAGACGGCAACGUUUGGGACAUCGACUGUGACACUGAAUCAAAGAGAUGUCACAGAUGAAGAAUAUAGCAGUAAAAGUGCAAGCACUGGAACCAUAGUUGCCAUAGUGUUGCUCUUGGCGUUCUGCAUCUUCGUAGCAUCGGUGGGAUCAGUGUUCUACAUUAAACAGUGUAGAUCUUCUCCAGACACAACAGAUGAAGAUAGUCUCCAGGAGGCCUAUUACUCAAAUGUAGAAUUUCGGAAUUCAGUGCAUAUUCUGAACACCUUUUACACUGUGACUCAUGCAGAAAAUCGCUGGUCCUCAGAUCAGUCAACUGACAGCAAGACGUCUGAUGCCUGAGUGCCACCUUGACAAUUUUGGAUAAACUUUUGGCAGAGAACCAUUAUAAUAAUAAUACAGUAACUAAUUCUUUACAUUUACAUUUUUAGCAGACAUCUUAGUCCAAAGCAAUAUGCAAGUGAGGCAAACAGCACAUUACAAACACACAUGCUGUGCAGGAGUCGAACACACAUGCUGUGCAGGAGUCAAACACACAUGCUGUACAGGAGUCAAACACACAUGCUGUGCAGGAGUCAAACACACAUGCUGUGCAGGAGUCAA